AAAUCAUCUCUCUGAUUAGGAAAGUUUGGCAAUAGAUAAUUUCUAGUCAGUGCUGUAUUUUCUAUUGUGAAUUUUUCAUUGAUUAUCUUUAUCGAAGGAUUGGAACUAUCGAUCUCGUGGACUUGUGUGAACAUGAGGUGGUGUAAUAGUUAACUUGUGAAGAAAACUCGUGAAUACCAUUGUCCGGCAUUAGAGAAAUUCGUUGAUUUGUAGUUUGACAGAAAACAUCCGAGAUGAGUUUGCAGUGGACUUUAGUUGCCGGUUUCCUCUACGUGGAAAUAGCCGUGGUCGGACUUUUUGUUUUGCCUUUUAUUUCGGCGAAAAGGUGGCAUCAGUUUUUCAAAUCAAGAUUCGUCCAAGUCUUGAGAAACCAAGCAAACUGGUAUUUUGGCUUUGUCCUAUUGAUUCUAGUACUUUUUCUGCUCGACGCUAUCAGGGAGAUGAGAAAGUACUCGAACAAAGAACAUUUGGAUGCGUCUCACCACUUGGAAAGUGAGUUGCAAAUUAGCAUGAGGCUGUUCAGGGCUCAGAGGAAUUUUUACAUAUCCGGUUUUUCUCUGUUCCUCUCCAUUGUGAUUCGACGAUUCGUGUCUCUUUUAUCCAGCCAGGCGACUUUGAUGGUAGAAAAAGAAGCUGUUCUGAAGCAGGCGGUGUCCGCUUCGAAGGCUGCGAGGAAUCUUAUGAGCCAGGGGGCCGGUGAAGCGGCGCAAAACAGUUCCAACGAAGCGCACCAAGAAGAGGUCAACAAGCUGAAUGAAAAAAUCAAUGAACUUACGGAAGAACUUGCAAAAAUGACCAAAGACAAAGAAGCUGCCCUCACCCAGGCCAAAAACGUUGGACAAGAAUUCGACAAACUGUUGGAUCAACACAACAAACUGGAAGAAAAACUAAAUGCGACAAGUCAAGAAUCCAAAAAAGAUCAUUAACAUACCCUAAUAUAAAAUUAUCGUGAGAUGUUUGUAACAACAUAUUAGAUUUGUUACCGGGAUGUUUAUGUUAAUUAAUUGUAUAUAUUUU